UGACACGCCCCUGCCGCGGCGGCGGUCUUGCCCCUGGAUUGUCCUGUCAGGCGCCCGCCCGCGCGAUGUUGCUGCGGCUGCGUUCUCGGUGCCCGGCGGCGCGCAGGCGCAGUGGGCCGCUGGUGGUGGCUGGGGCGGCGGAGGAGGCGGCGGCAGCAGCAGCAGCAGCAGCAGCAGCGGUGACGCGUUUCCCUGGAGACGGCGAUGCUCCCCUGUGAGGGGCCCGGCGGCGGGGUGGCCAGGCCGCGGCGCUGCGGGUGCUGCUGCUGCUGCUGCUGCUGCUACGGGCGCUGCUGCGGGGGGGCGGGCUGGCGGGGCUGCCAGGCAAGGCCCCGGCGGGGGGCAUGGCCAGAGAGGCGGCGGCGGCGGCCGGCCGAGAGGCGGCGCUCGGCGCCGGAGGGCCUGGCGGCGCUGCCGCGGGCUUUCCCGCGGGUGGCGAUAGCGGCGGCGCCCGCUGUAGCUGCUGCUGCUCCUCCUCCUCCUCCUGCUGCCCCCCGCCUCGGCUGCGCUUCGGGCUGGUCCCGUCGGAGCUCCACGCGCGGCUGCUGGACCAGCAGGACUACCGGGGCCGCGUGGGCGCCAUGGAGCAGCUGAAGCGGGUGCUGGGCGAGGCGGCGCCCGCGGCCUUGGCCGGCCUGCCCGCGCCCAGCCUGCUGGGGUUGCUCAGCCUGCUGCGGGCGCUGCUGGACGACUCCAACUUCAAGGUGGCGCUGGGCGCGCUGGAGGGCCUCCGCCUGCUGGCUGCCCGCCUGGGCCCGGCGGCCGGGAGCCGGGCCCGCCUGGAGCCGCUGGUGGCGGCCGCGGCCAAGGUGCUGGGCGACGCCAAGCUGGCCAUCCGCCAGGAAUACCACCAGCUCUUCUUGGGCCUCAUGCGGGCGGCCGGCCCCCAGCCGGUGCUGGACCUGCUGCUGCAGCCGGAGCACUUGCACCACCGCAACUCCCGGGUCCGCGAGGUGGUCCUGGCCCUCUGCAUCGCUGCCCUCCUCACCUUCCCCAGUGAGGAUUUUGACCUGCCUGGCAUGGUGGAUGCCCUGGCGCCUGCCCUGGCUGAUGGCAAGCGCCGUGUCCGCCAUGCCGCCCUGGAGGCCUUUGCGGUCCUGGCCUCGGCCCUGGGGCCUGGCCGGGCCACCGUCAUCUUCAAGGCCGUGGAUGCUGUGGAGCUCCAGGACAAUGGUGAGGGAGUGAUGGGCGCUGUCCAGGCCCGCCUGGCCAGGAAGACCUUGCCCAAGCUGACGGACCAAUGGUUUGUGGAGUAUGCGGUGCCUUUGCCUUCCUCCGCUCAUGGACAUGGCUUCCACCUGCCCCAUGGUGCAGAUACAGACUGGCUGCUGGAGGGUAACCGCAUCCAGAGUGCCCACAGUUAUUCUGGGGAACCAGCUGGGUCUCUCGCCCCUUUUGUGGAUCAAGGGAUGUGCCCACGGCGGGUGCUAAGUGCUGGGAAAGGAAAACUGCCCUGGGAGAGCGAGCGCUCUGGGAACCAGCCGUACUUUGCAAAGGGUGCUGAGCCGUUCUCUCCAUCAAAUGAUUUCUUUCACUCUCCGAAGUUAAGGCCUUCACAAGGUGUGAUGACCUCUCAUCAGCCUCAGAUAUCGGGGAAAUGCAAUCUGCUUGGUCUUUCUCACACGCGUGGGAAGAGUGGUAGUGUGGAUUCCGAUUUGCAGUUUCUAGGACUGAAUAACCAUCGGCAAGAGAAAGUCUGUGCCAGCCUCAGUUUCACCAACAAGCCACAGCGAACAUUUUGCAGCCCACCUGAGCAUGCUCCACCUCUCCUGGGCUCUCAUGCCAGCCAGGGGUCUUUCAUCCUUCCAUCCUACCCAUUCUCAUCACCCAGGCACAGUCCGAAGCGCACCUCACCUCCUACAGAUGUGCUCAAGAAAUCACAAGAUCAUGCUGUUAACUUCUCUAAUUCCUGGCCUCUUAAGAGCUUUGAAGGGCUUCCAAAACCUACUCAUCAGAAGAAGUUUUCCAGCUUUGUGACAGGAGAGGAUGCAGAAGUGAAGACCCAGGAUACUCCUCCAAUUCAGCUGAAACCUGCCUUUGUGAUAUCCCCAGCCUCACGGAGAGGUCUGAGUGGAACAAAACCAGUGCCUCCAAUCCCCAGGGGUGUUAGUCCCUUGCCUGAUAAAGUAGAAGUUACCAUGAUGGGACAAAAGAAUGGGGAGCCAGAAGACGUCUGGUUGAAUGAAAGGGAAAAGAAGCUGGCCAUUGACCUAUCUGAACUGAACAUCAACGAAAAGGAGCUGGAGGAGGAAGAGAUGCAGAGUUCUCUUCGGUCUCUUCGUAACAGUGCAGCAAAGAAGAGGGCCAAGCUAAACGGCAGCACUUCUGAUCUAGAAAGCCCAGACUCUCUGCUGAAACUAGAUCUGACCUCAGAGUCCCCUUCUUGCUUGUCAUCCCCAAGCACCAGCUCCUACAGUGAAAGUGGAGUUUACAGCCAGGAGUCUGCGACAUCCCCUCUCUCUGCAGCCUCUCAAGGGAUGAGAAUAAUGUCAGACAUUUUUCCUCUACUUGGAGGCAACUCCCGGCCAACAAAGGUCUCGCCAGUACGGAAUCGAGGGCCUCUCAUUGUGGAACAAAGUUCCGGCACAGGGAUUAUAAUUCAUGAAAAAGCGCCUUCCGGAGUGAGCAUCAGCGGCCAGCGUCUGAGCUAUGGAAAUGGAUCAGGAGAUUAUGAAGAUGACAGACAGAAAGUUAUAUCACCUGCUGUCCUUAAAGGGCAGAACAAAGAGCACCAAAGGCACUGUAAAUCCAUGAAAGGAUUUACAGGGCCCACAUCGAAUGUACAGCAGCUGACUAGCCUAGAUUUCAUUUCACCGAGUGCCUUGUCGGAAGACUCUGUAGUUAUUGUUGGAAAAGGUGUGUUUGGAAGCCCUCCUUCAGCUCCACUGACGUAUGGCCAGUCCAUAAUUUUCCCCAUGGAGAAUGGAGAUGCGCCUUCCUUCAAGCAAUGUACGGAGCCUCUUUCUGGGAUCUACGGGAGGGCCGUCCAGCAGCAGAGUUCUGCACUUUACCUUGACACAGAAAAUGAAAGAGAUAUGAAAGUUGCCUUAUCCAAAUCUGCUCGGGAAAAGAUGAGACAGAAGAAGAAAGAAGAAAAAGAACAUCAGGAAGUUAGAGAUCUUGAAAGGAAGGAACUGAACCCUUGGGAACUGCUUAAGCAUAAUGAAUCAGACAAGAUGGCGACUGAAAGAAAUGGCACUUUCAGUCCUCUAUUGAAGAGAGCAUCAAGUAUAAAAAGAACACAGCCUUUGGUUUUGUUAGAAUCAGGUGAGAUAUCUCUGGGCCCACGAAUGCACUUCAAGGAUCGGACGCUGUCAGUCACCCAUAGUCCAGAGAUCAUGGAACCAUCUGAACUGAGACCCUUCUCUAAACCUGACAUUGCUCUUUUGGAAGCAUUGCAGGAUCUUGCCGAAGAUGACUGGGAGAAGAAAAUCGAAGGCCUGAACUCUAUCCGGUGCCUUUCUGCCUAUCAUCCUGACGUGCUGACUGCAAAGCUGCACGAAACCAGCUUGGCUGUUGUUCAGGAGGUGAAGAAUUUACGCUCCGUUGUUUCCCGAGCUGCGGUGGUAUGUUUAGGAGACUUGUUCAACUAUCUGAAAAAGAGCAUGGAUCAAGAGCUGGACAACACAGUAAAAGUCCUUUUGCACAAGACUGGGGAAUCAAACACCUUCAUCAGGGAGGACGUUGACAAAGCAUUGAAGGCGAUGGUUAACAAUGUGACCCCAGCACGUGCUCUUUCUUCUCUCAUCAAUGGAGGCCAAAGCCAUUUGAACACAGCAGUGAGAAGAUGCACAGCCCAGCACUUAUCAGAUGUUGUGGAACAUAUGGGACCAGGACGCAUAUUGUCUGGUAUUAAGGAUGUCACCGACAAGAUUUUGUCUGCUGUAGCCAAAUUUGUCCAGGAUGGCUCACAAGAAACAAGGUACUAUGGUCGGAAGAUGCUCUUCACUUUGAUGACACAUGCAGACUUCGAUAGGAUGCUUGAAAAGUACGUGCUGCCAAAGGACCUGCCUUACGUUAAAGAGACUGUCAGUAGCUUGCGACAGAAGGGGCUGGGGGAGAUGCCAAUAGUCACACCCUCAGCCAAAGGCAGACGCUCUCACACCAGCAACAUGGACAGUUCAAGAUCUGCUUCCAUGUCGCGAGAAACACUCAGUGCUAAUGACAGAGACAUUAGAGAAGUACGUGAAAUGACCAGGAAAUUAGUUCCCCGUAACACCCUGGAAAGUGCAGAAUAUGUGAAGGUCAUAACGACUUUACUGAAUGCAAAAGAUUUCCGGGAUCGAAUUAAUGGAAUCAAACAACUAUUAGUAGACACAGAGAAGAACCAGGAUCUUGUGGUUGCAAACAUUGUGAAGAUCUUUGAUGCCUUUAAGUCUCGCUUACACGACUCCAACAGUAAAGUCAAUCAGGUUGCCUUAGAGACCAUGCACCGGUUGAUUCCUCUGCUGAAAGAGAAGCUAUCCCCUGUUAUCAACAUGCUGAUUCCUGCCUUGGUGGACAACAAUCUGAACUCCAAGAAUCCAGGCAUCUACACUGCUGCCACCAAUGUCAUCCAAGCUCUCUGUCAACAUUUGGACAAUUAUCUGCUUCUCCAGCCGUUUUGCACAAAAGCCCAAUUCUUGAAUGGAAAAGCCAAACAAGACAUCACUGAAAAGCUAGCUGAGCUUGUGGUUGAGCUCUACCCUCGGAAACCUCAUGCUGUGGAGCAGAAAGUCCUGGUGGUUCUAUGGCACCUCUUGGGUCACAUGACCAACAGCGGCUCCCUGCCUGGAGCUGGUGGAAAUAUUCGGACAGCCAUCGCUAAAUUGUCAAAAGCGCUUUUUGCACAAAUGGGUCAAAAUCUGUUGAUCCAAGCUGCAUCCCAGCCCCCGCACAUCAAAAGGACUCUGGAGGAGUUUCUUGACCAAGCUACGUGAAGCCUUGUAUAUGGAUCCCAAGGUUGUGUCAGGUGACCGAAUGAGUGAUGGUGGCAAACUAUUUUGUACGGGGCUGAGCAUUCCUUCACAGUGCCUGCGCUUUUCAUGGAGAAGCGAACUCAGAGUGGCCGCUUUUCAUGACCAACCAGCGUCAAGGACUUUGCUUUUCCACUACAAGUCCUAGGCUUAAACCAAAAUCAGUAUGACCCUUGCAAACUCUCUCCUUCCUGGUGCUGUUCCAAGUUUCUGUGGAAUUGGGAUUGGAUGUUUUUGGAAGUAAAGUCAACUCUGCUCAUUUGCACUCUUCUUGUGACUCUGUGGCACAGUGCCCUGUGUGUACUAACGAAGAUGAGAUUUUAAAAAUAGGAAUAGUUUUAAUCAUUAAAUCAUGUUAUGACAUGUCUUCUCAUGUAGCCUUAUGUGGAAAAAAAAUCCGAGAGAGAGAGAUAUGAAGAACAGGGUUCUGUGUGAUAUUUGUGGAAAAAAUGUAUUUUUAAAUCAGUCCCACUCAUUAUUGUGCAGUGUUAGCUUGCUUUUGCUGCUGUUGAUGUAUUACAUCUGCUUGACAAUUGGGCAUAAUUACUUGCACACUGUUGUAAAACUUAACAGCUUAUAAUGAAGCAUGUUGACCAAAAUUUAUAGAAAAUGAAUAAUUUUUACCAAUUUUGAACACACGUCUUAGAAAUGUCACGUGUUGAAUAUAGCUUCCAUAUUUUAGUGUGAAAAAUACUGAAUUUUAUCUGUCCGAAAUUUAUAUAAAGGUGUUAACUUUUCUGCCCUGCUGUGCAAUUCUCAGCGAUAUAGUGCCAGUUCUUCCUCCUCCUCUUCUCAGAAUUUGACAUCUGCAAGUACUGUAUUCAUUUGAAACAAAAAAGAUGGUUAUAAAAAUAAAUGGAUUUAUUUCUGUAAA